AUCGAUCGGCUAUCGAACGAUGACGCGCGAGAAUCAGUAGAAAUCGUACCUGAUCGGCUGCUGAAAGAUUUCGAGUUGAACGAAUCAUUCUCCACGUUGUAGAAUCAGAAUACAACGAUUUUCAAUCUCAUCUCGCGAUAUAUUUCAUCUUUCUUGGACGAUGGCUGGAGUACGGAAAAAAAUAAUCGAGAGGCUCGAAUGACCUUCAACGAGCGUCGUAAGGAAGAAGACCAGCUUCACCACGAAUCAAUAACCGCGCAAAUCCAAAUUUCGUAUCCAACGAAAAUACGCUGGCGAAAAUCGAGAGAAUUCGCCAGCCACGUUCCCUCUAGUCACCGAUCGGAGACGAUCACGAUGGCUACGUUCGAUCGAUCUUGAACCGGAAGAACCGUGGAGCAGAGACGAGAACUACCGCAAGGUUCGUGGAAGGAAGACGAGGAGGAAAGAUGCGAGCGGAGCUCCUUCUGAUCCUCGGCGCGCUCGUGAUCUCCGGCGAUUGCAACCGGAGGCCGACCGGCGAGUCGGUGGUUCACGAGUUGUCGAAACGGCGCAAUGGAUCGCUGCCGAAGAUGUCGAUCGGGCUGGUGGUGCCGCACACCAACUUCGGCGUGCGCGAGUACACGAAAGCGGUGAACCGUACGGUCGGCAGCCUGCGCAGGACGAAAGGCCAGAGCAAGUACAGCUUCCUGGAUAAGUACGACUUCACGCAGAACUCGGUCCGGCUGAGCAUGAUGACGCUCACACCGAGUCCAACAGAAAUUCUGAAGUCGCUGUGCAACGAAUUUCUGCCGAUGAACGUGUCCGCCAUCUUGUACCUGAUGAACUACGAGAAAUACGGCCGCAGCACUGCCAGUGCUCAAUACUUCCUGCAGCUGGCUGGUUACUUGGGAAUUCCAGUGAUCGCAUGGAACGCGGAUAAUUCGGGAUUGGAGCGGAGAGCCUCGCAGAGCAACCUGCAGCUGCAGUUGGCACCAUCGUUGGAACACCAAACGGCCGCGAUGCUCAGCAUCCUCGAGAGGUAUAAAUGGCAUCAAUUCAGCGUGGUUACAUCGCAGAUCGCCGGACACGACGAUUUCGUGCAGGCGGUCCGCGAGAGGAUUUCCGACAUGCAGGAUACCUUCAAGUUUACGAUAUUGAGCGCGAUCCUAGUCACCGAUCCGCGAGAUCUCCUCGAGCUGGUAAACAGCGAGUCCAGAGUGAUGCUGCUCUACUCGACGAGGGAGGAAGCUAUUAGAAUACUGGGCGCGGCGCACGAUUACAAGAUCACCGGAGAAAAUUACGUGUGGGUCGUGACGCAGAGUGUCAUCGAGAACCUGCAGACGCCCAGCCAGUUUCCGAUUGGGAUGCUUGGUGUACAUUUUGAUACGAGCACGGAGAGUCUAGUGAGCGAGAUCACGACCGCGGUGAAAGUUUACGCGUACGGUGCCGAGGAUUUCUUGAACAACCCGGCGAACAAACGUCUCAGUCUCAACACUCAGCUCAGCUGCGAAGGAAGCUACGGCGAGUCCCGCUGGGACACUGGAGACUUGUUUUUCAAGUAUUUGAAGAACGUGUCGGUGGAGGGUGAUCAAGGGAAACCGAACGUCGAGUUCACCCAGGACGGCGUUCUGAAGGCAGCCGAACUGAAAAUCAUGAAUCUCCGACCCGGAUUGAGCAAACAACUCGUUUGGGAGGAGAUCGGCGUGUGGAAGUCCUGGGAAAAGGAAGGUCUGGACAUCAAGGACAUUGUCUGGCCAGGGAACACCCACACACCACCGCAAGGCGUGCCGGAGAAGUUUUAUUUGAAAAUAACGUUCUUGGAGGAGCCGCCUUACAUCAAUCUCGCGCCGCCGGAUCCUGUGAGCGGGAAAUGUCUGGUGGAUCGUGGUGUUCACUGUCGUGUCGCCAAGGAGUCCGACAUGGUUGAGAUGGACAUUCAAUCGGCGCAGAAGAAUGAGAGCUUCUAUCAAUGCUGCAGCGGAUUCUGCAUCGACCUGCUUCAAAAGUUCUCCGAGGAGAUCGGCUUCACUUAUGAGCUUGUUAGAGUCGAAGACGGGAAAUGGGGCACGCUAGAGAAUGGAAAGUGGAACGGUUUGAUAGCUGACCUGGUGAAUCGGAAAACGGACAUGGUGAUGACGUCUUUGAUGAUUAAUGCUGAAAGAGAAGCCGUGGUUGAUUUCACGGUACCGUACAUGGAAACCGGUAUCGCCAUUGUUGUGGCGAAAAGGACUGGUAUAAUAUCUCCCACUGCCUUCCUUGAACCAUUCGACACCGCCUCUUGGAUGUUAGUUGGCAUCGUCGCCAUACACGCGGCCACGAUCAUGAUACUGCUGUUCGAAUGGUUGUCACCAUCUGGUUUCAACAUGAAGGUAAACCCUUCAGACGCUGCGCGGAAACUGAAGAAUCCAUCGCCCAAUCAUCGGUUCUCCUUCUGUCGGACGUACUGGCUGGUCUGGGCCGUAUUAUUUCAGGCAGCCGUCCAUAUCGACUCUCCCAGAGGAUUCACAGCCAGAUUCAUGACGAACGUGUGGGCGUUGUUCGCCGUGGUGUUCCUUGCCAUUUACACUGCCAACCUGGCCGCCUUCAUGAUCACGAGAGAGGAGUUUCACGAGUUCACCGGCGUUGACGAUCACCGUUUAGCCAAGCCAUGGUCCCAUAAGCCAAUGUUCAAGUUCGGAACCAUACCUUGGAGCCACACCGAUAGCACUUUGGCUAAAUACUUCAAGGAGAUGCACACUUAUAUGAAGAAGUUCAACAAGAGCAGCGUGGCUGACGGAAUCGAGGCAGUCAUCAGCGGAGAAAUGGACGCGUUCAUUUACGACGGGACGGUGUUGGACUAUCUGGUGGCGCAGGACGAGGACUGCCGUUUGCUAACCGUGGGAUCCUGGUACGCCAUGACUGGAUACGGCCUCGCGUUCUCCAGGAAUUCCAAGUAUCUGCAGAUGUUCAACAAGCGUCUGCUGGACUACAGAGACAACGGAGACUUGGAACGCCUGAGAAGGUACUGGAUGACAGGUACCUGCAAGCCAGGAAGAGAGGUACAAAAGAGUAGCGAUCCUUUGGCGCUCGAGCAGUUCCUUUCCGCGUUUCUCUUAUUGAUGAUGGGAAUUCUUCUGGCUGUGGCCUUCUUACUACUCGAGCAUUUGUAUUUCAAGUAUGUCAGGCAGCAUCUGGCACGAAGCGACGGUGGUGGCUGCUGCGCACUUUUCAGCUUGAGCAUGGGGAAAUCGCUGACAUUCCGUGGAGCAGUCUACGAGGCACAGGAUAUCCUAAGGUACCAUAGAUGCAGGGAUCCUAUAUGUGACACGCAUUUAUGGAAAGUGAAACACGAGUUAGAUAUGGCGAGGAUCAGGAUACGACAGCUGGAGAAGGAUCUGGAGGCACACGGAAUAAAACCCACUCAGGCCAAGAGGAAAACCGGAAGUCUCGGCUGGUGGCGAGGAUGCUUUCAAAGCUCGGACCGCCAUUCACAAGCGGAGUCAUUGGCGGUGGAAGCUCCGCAUCCGCUACCGCCAUACUUCGAUUCGCAGCAAAACAUUCUUCUCUCCAAAUUAUCACAUAGAGAUUCUUUCGAAUCUAGAUUCAUCGAGGCCAUCGAUGUUGCCAGGCCUAGGGACAUGACCAGGAACCACGUGGUCAGCACGGAGUAUUCCGACAAAUUUUUACCCCCACAGAUCUACAGGGUUCCGGACGACGGUGCAGCCAGGACGGAGAUCGCCGAAAUGGAGACAGUUCUGUGAUCGUAGAGAACCGGCCACGAUUGCCCAGCCACGUCGUCGCAGCGAUCAUAAUAAGCGUCCUCAGGCAGCGGAUCGACUCGCCUCCGCCAUUUGCGGAAUACGAGUUCGUGCCUCGUAGCCUCGCGAGAUGCGAGGGACCCUCGAGACCGAGCUGUUUCGAGCGAUCGUUCAAAGGAGAAAUUGGAGAUUACCGAGGGACAUGCACGAAUAAUCUCGUCCACGGGAAGAACGUUCAGUGCCUAUGGGAGAAUAUGUAUCGAGAAACAUCGAGAUCACGAUCGUUCUUCUCUCUAUGAACGAACUUUCAUCGUCACCACGACCACGUUUUUCCACACGUUCGCCACAAGGGAAAAGGGUGAAGGCCUCAAGUGCGCCGUGUGUUCACGUUGUGAUUGCAUCGCAAGUCGAAAUCAUUGGACGAACAAAUCAUUUGUUUGAAAUUUCUGCUUACUGUCUCAGCGACGGUAAUUUCUCUUGUAGAAUGGAAUUCUCCGAGAGAUGAAAUUUUUCAGAGAGGACGACUCGGGAGUGUCGUUUCAAGGAGUGGCCUCUACUGUUAGCUGAGGUCGAAGAAAGGAAUAUUGAGUGGUUUUGUGGUAACUGUGUACUUCGACACUCGAGCAGUAUUUCUGAUUUUGUUGGAUAUGUAGUACGUAUCACUCAGUUCGAAGAAAAUUUGGAAAUUUGAAUUUGCUUCUUUGCGUGUCACCUAAUUGAAAAAGAUUUCUGAAGGAAAUUCGGAAGUAUUCGAAUUUAAUUCUUUCGGUCCUUCGUUUUCUUGUCUGACGCGUUGUCUAAUUUGAGAUUUUCGAAUUCAAUUCCUUUUUGUUAUUGACUUUCACGUUUGGUAUACGUCGCCUAAUUUGAAGAGAUUAACAUCUUUCACCAUGAUAUUAAAACUUUCGUACCAUUGCUACUUGUUUCAUUGUGAAAUUUUAAUUGUAAAAUUAUGAAAGAAUUUGGGAACGAUCGAAUGACGUCUAAAGUUUGGUACUGUGAAUCACGUUUGCAGGCGAGCUUGUGCCUGGUUUAGAAAAAUAAAUAGAGAGAAAAAGAGAGGAUAAAACAGAAAAUAAAAGAAAAAGAAGAAACCAAAAGACAUAAGUUAUAUUCAGGCAACAACAAUGCAAUAGAUAGUUAUUGAAAAUUCCUAAAUCUUUUGAGAAUUUCGUUAAAACUUUGUACGAAACUCUGGCCCGUUUUUCAGAAAUAGGGCGUCAACUUCGAGCCAACGAUUGUUCGUUAAAACGGAUGUUAGGGCUAGUAAACUAUUACAAAAGAACGAAAACGAAAU